CCCUGGGAAGGUCUGUGCCAUAGACGCUGCCUGGGUGCUCCUUUAUACACAGCAAGUUUUUCUGGAGUGAAACGUUGGAAGGCAGUGGAAGACCUCGUGUCCUGUUUAGCUCCCCCAUGGCUUCAGGAUGGAAAUCUGCUGGGGACCCUGCAGUCACCUAGUCUCUCUCCUUCUCGUCCUUCUGUUUUGUUCAGAGGCAGCCUGCCGCCCUUCUGGGAAAAGACCCUGCAAGAUGCAAGCCUUCAGAAUCUGGGAUACUAACCAGAAGACGUUCUACCUGAGGAACAACCAGCUCAUUGCUGGGUACUUACAAGGACCAAAUACCAGACUAGAAGAAAAGAUAGACAUGGUGCCUAUUGAUCUUCAUAGUGUGUUCUUGGGCAUCCACGGGGGCAAGCUGUGCCUGUCUUGUGCCAAGUCUGGAGAUGAUAUCAAGCUCCAGCUGGAGGAAAUUAACAUCACUGAUCUGAGCAAGAACAAAGAAGAAGACAAACGCUUUACCUUCAUCCGCUCUGAAAAAGGCCCCACCACCAGCUUUGAGUCAGCUGCCUGUCCAGGAUGGUUCCUCUGUACAACACUAGAGGCCGACCGUCCUGUGAGCCUCACCAACACACCGGAAGAGCCCCUUAUAGUCACAAAGUUCUACUUCCAGGAAGACUAAUAGUAAUGCCUAGGCCUGUCCUUCUCCACUCCCAGGCUAGCAAUGACCACCAACUGCCUGAUCACUCUGAGCAUCACUGGGGUCUGAGGAACAACUUUUGCCGGGUAUACAGUAGAAGGAGACAGAAGAAUCCUGAUGAUAGAUCUCUGCCUUCAGUCUAUUGGCUGACCAAAUCCCCAUGAUGAUUCCAGACUAAUCUUUCAAAUAAGAUCAUGACAGGCCCUUGUUCAAAGCCCUUUCUUGUUGCCUCUGCCAUCUGGGUGAAGUCUAGACAACUGCUUGGCCUAGGUGUCUUCUGCUCCACCACCCACCCCAUCCCCACCACAAACACACACUUUUUUGUUUUAUCCAUUGUCCUGCAUGUCCACAGUCAAGACCAAUCAAGUCACUUGACAAUAUCCCCCCAAGUGGCUCCCUUACCCUGGUUUAUAAGCCUGUGCCUGCCUAUGGAGGUUUUAAUACUCCUUGUUACUCAUUUUGGGUUUUUUGAUGAAACCACCAGGGUAACACAUAUACUAAGUAUGCGCUCUACCACCAUGCUAUGCUUCCAGCUCAGGAGGGGGACAUUUUUAAGGAUCUAGAAAACAGAAAUUAAGGAUCUCAUAGUUAUUUUAUUAGGCCAGCCUUAUUCCACAUGGGCGAGAGGCAUCUUGUGGAAAUUAUGUCCUUUCUGAGAGAAGCUGGGGAUUGGAUGUUCCUGCAUUUGUGAAAUGAUUGUAAGCAUAGAAAAAUAGGUGGCAGGCUUUCCUUCUUUCCUUUUUUUGUGUGAUGCUCUAAACUGAAAAGUUAAAAUUUGAUGGACUGCAGUAUUCCCAUAAUCUCCUCCCUCCUUUAUUUCUUUUUUGGAAAUGUCCAAUAGUCUGAAUUCCUCUGUCCAGCCCAAACAACAUCUUCACUCCAAACCUACCACAGCUGCCUGAAGAAGUUCCCCACUAUCUCUUUGCAAAUGUAGCAAUCAGGCCCUUCCUGAUGUGGUGAAUUAAUGAAUCUACUGAUCAUUUGAUAAAAUGAAUUCUUGACCACUCAUUUUAUCAUUUCUAACCUUGAAACUUGUGUGGAAGUAGCUAUGUUCCUCUGCCAGACUAUGAGCUCUGGAGAACAUGGAGCUUCACGUGUGUGUGUGUGUGUGUGUGUGUGUGUGUGUGUGUGUGUGUGUGUGUUAGGUCACUACAAGGAUGAGCACCUUCUUUGGCUCUUAGAAGGCAUUCAGAGAAUAUGUGUUACACAUGCUCAUGGAAAGUUUCUUCUUCCUUCCUGUGACUUUGGCUUUAUUUUACAAUAAAACACUGAAAAUGUCCACUUGGUUGGUUGUGACCAUGAGCCCAGGCCUAAAGCAUAAAGGUGCUGGGGAAACAGGAAGGGCAGGAGGUUUUGGUUUUUUGUUUUUUGUUUUUAAUUAUAUGGCUAGAAAAUAGUUAUCUCCUCUCUGAAAGUCUUCUUCCUCAUUUCUGGGUAACAGGAUGUCAAACACCUUGUCUAUAAGUUAUCAAGGAUUGCUGUCCUUCAUGAACCCACCAAGUAAAAACAACCCAAAUACUUAUCAUGGAUGAAUAAACAUGCAAGUAUCAGAUCUGCACUCAACUCAACACCCCACAAUGGCAAAGAUAACUGAGCCACAGACAGCUCUACCCAACCCAAUAGAUGAAUCUUAACAAACACUUGGUUCAAAAAUCACUAAAGCUCAAAUACUCCCAGGUCAAACACUGGGGAACAAGUUAAUAGUCAACAAAGAGGGAAAACAAAUGCUCCACUGAAUCCUGUGAUCCUGCAGACAUGGUUCAUCUCCUAUGUUGUUUGCCAUGUGUGCUCAGGAUGAGCUAGUUAAAACUCUUCUCAGGGGUUCAGUUUUCCCACCUCUGUUUGUAAAUAAAAGCUUAUGAUGAAUA